GUCGCGAGAAGUGUGUGGCGCGCGAGCGCGCGUGCGUGCAGCGUUCGUAGAGUGUCGAUAUAGCCUGGCCCUCCUGGGCCAGUUGAAUUCGUUCCAGUGCGAUGCAGGGCGGCGAGGGGUCGGUGGACGAAGCGGCCCCGGGUGGUCAAUAUUAUCCUCGGUUCGGGGAGCCCAGUGGGAUAGCGACGGAAGGGAUGAGCGAGGACGGGGCGGCGUCGAGGCACCUUUUGCCUGGCGACGGGUUACGUAGGAGAAAGGUCAUCAGCGCGGCUAAGGAGACAUUCGAUAAGGCGUCCCGCCUCUUGAGACGAAAAAUACCAUGCACCGGCCAUUUAAUGACCCCCCGCCGCCUGUGGAUACAAAAAGUUCCCACACAAGAGUGCGACGUUGUCAUGAUGUUUCCAAGCGGAAGCAACGACAAGACAUUAAUGUGGCUUCUGGGACGCCUUCGCGCCGGGACGCCAGGACUCGUGGUUCACGUGCGGCAUCACGCCUCGUCGGAUAGUUACGGUUUCUAUCUGACCGCACCGUUCGCCGUGCUCCUCAAAGCCGCCGAAGAGGUGCACCUGCCGAAACGCCUGCGCCAGGAGUACGGGGGUGGUCUCAAGGAGUUCGUCGGCUCGGAGGCUACUUGCUUCGAGGGCAGCGACGACGAGAGCCGCUUCUUCACGACCCAGGAGCGCCAGUCCCUGGUGCUCCACCUGCUGCACACGCUGAGAGCCGGCCCGCACGACCUGCACAGUCUGGCCGGACGACUCAAACUCGUCGAUGGCCAAGCGAUCGUUCCCAAAUGCCUGUCCGCGGGUGUUAUUUCACAGGUCUUCCCUCUCCACGAGCUGCCUGCCCUGGAAAAACUGCAGCAGUCGUGGGUACGAGCCUUCUUGAGUCCACAACCCCUCGACGACAUAGCCAGGUACUUCGGUGUCAAGAUCACGAUGUACUUUGCGUGGCUGGGCCACUACACCACCGCCCUCAUUGUUCCGGCUGCAGUGGGUGUCAUAUACUGGGUCGGCAUCAUCGGUAGGAACCAGGCGGUGGAGGACGUGGCUUACGUGCUAUUCUCCAUCUUCAACGUGAUAUGGGCGACGGUGUAUCUGGAGACGUGGAAGCGUCGGGGCGCCGAGCUGGCCUACAGGUGGGGCACGCUCGACCAGAGGGACGACUUGCUCGUCGAGCCGAGGCCACUGUUUACGAUUGAGUGCCGGUUUAUUAACUACAUAAGGUCAAAAGCCCGUAAAUCGAGGGACUGGAUAACGAGCGAGCAAGAAUCGUCGGGCAGCGGGGACUACAGCCACCACUUGACGAUCGGUCCUCACGGCGGCAUCGACUGGGUGAGGCGCCUCGGCCUCGAAACCGGAGGCAGAAAAUCCAGCGACUCUGAGAUCAGUGGGGUCGGUGGUGGGAGCAACAGUGGGGACGAGAUGGCCCUGCACAGGUCGACCGACUGCAUCGUCUCCAAGGACUUUGUCGCAUCCUCCGAAAACGAUCUUCUUCGGUAAGAACGAAGGGCACGCGAGGCAGAGGUGAAAGCGAAAGAGGCCGAGAGGGAGGCCCGAUGGCAGCAGCCCCAGUCUUGCGUGGGUGGUGAGCUCUCCUGCAUCCCCAUAGAGAAGCUCAUAUCCGUGGACGACAUCGCGGCUAUGGAGAUGCGCCGAAUGAAUCACUAGUCAUUGCUGAUGCUGCUGUUUUCUCGUUCUAUCAUUGAUUCGUUCGGGGAUACCGGAUAAAAAGGCAAAUGAUAAACGUCCGCGAGAGUAUCAUGGUGAUGAGCGUUAUUUAGAAAUAAUGUGCUUGUGAUACGUGAAAAUUGAAGAAAAAGAUUUAUUCAUUUAAAAAAGUCUCAUAGAAAUCCACACUAUUUUGAAGUUACGCGAUGGUUGUACUUGUAAUGUUUCCUGAGUUUGACUAAUUUUUUUCUUUCUCGUUUCCUCGAUAAAGUCCAGAAAGCAAUGAAAGUACAAAUGCCAGUUUCUAUAAGACUUUUUCGACUGAACAGCCAGAAUGAUUUGAGAGUUGCGUGACAAAGUCCAUGGAAGCAAAACGAAGAAGGAAAAAAAAAGAAUUUUUUUUUUUUGGUUGCGAUGAAAGAGGAGAUAUCAAAUUUUUUUUUAUCGUUAACGUGUAACAGAGACGAGGCAGUACGUAUCAAGCAAUCCACGGCUUGUUCUCCGGGCAGCAGGCUUUUUUGUAAUUUUAAUUUGGUUGCAAAGCAAGGAAAAACUGGAUGAAAUUGGCGUGCUUUUUUUAUUUAUGUAAAAAAAAAAAAUUCAACAAUCAUUGCUCCGGUUUUCCGUUGACUUUGUAUUCGCUUCAUGCUUCGGUGGUUUUUCAAUACGAGCUGUACAUACAAUACCCAUCGUCAAUAUCAUUUUUAUUCGUGAUGUAUCGUUUCGUAAGGCUGAUUUUAAUUAAUUUUUUACAUACAUCGUUAAAAGACUAAAAUUAACAUUUUAACACGCACUUGAUGAUUUUGUCGAGAAAAAUCAUUCGAUUAAAGUCAAUUACAUGCAUACAAAGUUAAAAAAAAAAAAACCAAACUUUUUAACCAUAAAAUGUAAUAAAUGCAAUAAUUGAAGCGAAACUAAAAAAAAAAGUUACAGGGAAGCCCGAGGCUCGGAUAGAGAGUCAGUCCCUUACAAUUCGUAAUGUAAUAAAAAUAAAAGCAAAUGCACUUGUUGAGACAGUUUUUGUAAAUGCUACUAUAUAAAACGAUGAUUGCAGAUAAAGUAAACAUUUAGCCAGUUUUUUAGCAUCGAAAUCUAGAAUUUCACACUAGUGGUGAAUCAGAGUUGUUAUUGUUGCUAAAGUAUAAGUUGUUGAUCACUGUUGACUGGAUUUUCCUCUGAUAAAAAUUAAAAAAAAAAAAAAAAAAAACAAGGUCUCUGGGUGAGAACAACAGCAAUUAUGUGACGUUUUCAGAAAAUUGUUACAAAAUUUACCAAUGUUACUGCUUUUGUCGGUUGUUUGCAAUGAAUUUCCGAGGACAUGGAUCUUGGGUGAUUUUUUUUUAAUAUUCCAGUAUGUCCAACUUUUUAAUCUCUAGUUUGGCUAAUGUUCUUUCCAAUUAUUUGUAACAAUUGAUGGUUGAUACAGAAGCAAAAAUUGUGAAAAUAUUUAAGUACAAUUUUGAUCACUGAAUCACUUGCGUUUGCUGUGUUUUGAAGUUGACCAAACAAUUUUUCUUUCUAGAGAAGAAGAGCUUGAGUUGGACAAGGGAAAGUACCCGGAGAUGGUUUCUGUAAAUAAUAUUGAUUAUAAUAGAAAAAAAAAAAAAAAAAAAAAAAAAAAA